AUGGCUGCUCCAGCCCCAAUCUGCUCUCUGCUGGGCCAACCCGCUCUGCCUCUCCUGUCUGCCGAGGGGGACAUCAACAUUGGGGCAGUGUUCCCUCUACAUAGGAAUGCCGUCUUAAAGGUCCAUUCAUUCACCUCCAGACCAGAGAAAACACCCUGUAUCAGUUUCGACCCACGUGAGUUCCAGUUUGCACAGACCCUGAUCUUUGCCCUGGAGGAGAUCAACAACAGCAGUGAUCUUCUCCCAGGACUGUCUCUGGGUUACCAGGUCUAUGACUCCUGUAGCUAUGCCCCCCUUGCCAUCCACUCAGCAUUGGCCCUGAUGAACAGCCCUGGGCCUGAGGACAGCCUGGGAAACCCCUCCUCCUGCUCCAGAUCUCCCGCCGUGUUGGGCAUUGUAGGGGAGUCAAGCUCCACAUCCACCAUCGGAAUAUCAUCUCUCGUCGGACCAUUCAGCAUCCCUGUGAUCAGCCACUUUGCCACCUGUGCUUGUCUGAGUAACAAAAAAAAGUUCCCCUCCUUCUUCAGAACCAUCCCCAGUGACUUCUACCAGAGCAGAGCCCUGGCAAAGCUGGUCAAACACUUUGGAUGGAACUGGGUGGGAGUGGUGAACAGCAACAAUGACUAUGGAAACAACGGCAUGGCCACAUUCCUGGAGGCAGCGUGGCAUGAUGGGGUCUGUGUAGAGUACCAAGAGUCCAUCCACCGCACAGACCCCCGAGAGAAGAUCCUGGAAGUCGUCAGGGUGAUCCGGAGGGCCACAGCCAGGGUGGUGGUACUGUUCUUGACCUUGGGGGACCUCAUCCCCCUGAUGAAUGAGUUGGCUCUGGAGGGAGACCCAGGGCUGCAGUGGGUGGGCAGCGAGGCCUGGAUCACAGCCAGAGUGCUGACGGAGAACAAGGCCUACGGCUUCCUGAGGGGGGCGGUGGGCUUUGCCAUCAGGAAUGCCAGGCUGGAUGGUCUGGAGGGGUUCCUAGACAAGGUGCACCCCUCCCAGGCGCCAGACAACACCCUGCUCAGGGAGUUCUGGGAGACUGUGUUCCAGUGCUCCUUCGAGGGGGGCAGCAGCACGCUGUGCACAGGAACAGAGAGCUUAGCAAAGCUGAAGAACCAAUACACUGACAUGUCAGAGCUGAGAAUAUCCAAUAAAGUGUACACAGCUGUAUAUGCCAUUGCACACGCUCUACACAACCUACUGACAGACUUAAAGAAUGACACAGACAGCGGCAACAGACCAGUCUACACAUCACAGCAGGUGCUACAGUACCUGAAGGAGGUGAGGUUUAGAGUAAAGACAGGAGAGGAGAUCUGGUUUGAUGCUAAUGGAGAUGUGGUGGCGUGCUACGACCUAGUGAACUGGCAGCAGGAGGAGAAUGGGACCCUGCAGUUCCAUGCUGUGGGGCUGUAUGAUUCUUCGAUGCCCCCUGAACAGCGCAUUACCUUCAACAAGAGAAAACUGGUCUGGGCAGGGGGCCAGGCAGAGGCACCUGCAGCAGUGUGCAGUGAGAGCUGUCCCACAGGCACUCGUAAGGCUGUACAGAAAGGAAAGCCUGUAUGCUGUUAUGACUGUGUACCAUGUGCGGAGGGAGAGAUCAGUAAUAUCACAGAUUCUAACGGCUGCUAUCGAUGUGACUUGGAUUAUUGGUCAAAUGAAAAAAGGGACCGCUGUGUGUUGAAACCAGUUGAAUUCCUCUCCUAUGAAGAAAUGAUGGGCAUAGUUCUGGUGUUUUUCUCCUUACUGGGGUCUGGUGUUACUACUCUGGUAGCUGUUGUGUUUUCAGUUCAUAAGGACACC